AUGUCCUCGGCUACCUCGGCUGCCACCGCCCCUGUAGCGAUCUCCGGACCAGUCAGCGGUCUUCCUCCUGAUCAUGCAGCACCAGUCGCCGUCAACCCCUUCGCCACGACCGCAAUCAAGUCCCACGUUUCCAUGACGUUGGAGCUAAAGAACCCUAACUACAACAAGUGGGUAUCCUUCUUCCACUCCAUGUGCGGCAAGUUCGGCCUCAAGUCACACAUCGACAGCUCCGUUCCUGCGCGAUUGACCGAUCCCGCCUGGGAGCAGGUGGACUGCUGCGUCCACAGUUGGCUGUUCGGCUCUAUCGCUGAUGACAUCCUCGACCUCGCCAUGGAACUGGACCAGACUGCGCGUGAUCUCUGUGUUGCCAUCGAGAACCUAUUCCAAGCGAACAAGAUGCUGCGCGCCAUCUUCGUGAGCCACAAGUUCCACUCCAUGACUCAAGGUGAUCGCUCUGCUUCGGAGUACUGCCAACACAUGAAGAUUGUCGCCAACUCUCUCUGCGAUGUCGGCCACACCAUCUCCGAGUCUCAGCUCAUCCUCAAUCUUCUGCGCAGCCUCAACCCCCACUUCCCCAACACCGCAGACGACAUCGCCAACUCACCCGAUCUGCCCUCCUUCGUCACGGCACGUAACAUGCUCGUCCUCAAGGAGCGGCGGCCCGCCGGUUCUUCUACUUCUUCAUGCAGCUCGGGUGUCUGCUGCUCCUCUACGUCCUUCACAGCACCAUCCGGUGGCGACGACUCUUCUGCAUCGACUCGCGGCGACAACAGGCACGGCAAGGGCCGUGGCCGAUUUGGCGGCAACCGCGACCAGCAGCAAUAG